AUGGGAAAAUAUUCGGCGAAGCGCUGCCGCCCCCUGCCCCCUCCUCGCGCCCUGCUCGGACACCGCUGUUUGGUCCCGGAGCUCUUCUUCCCCCCUCUCCCCCACCCCCCUCCCCCGUCCCUUUGUGUGCCACUGCCCGGUAGGCACCCGCUGUUUCCCCUCCUCGCCCUGGUCUUUGAGAAGUGCGAGCUGGCGACCUGCACACCCCGGGAGCCCGGCGUGGCCGGCGGGGACGUCUGCUCCUCCGACUCCUUCAACGAGGACAUCGCCGUCUUCGCCAAGCAGGUCCGCGCUGAAAAACCACUUUUUUCUUCAAACCCAGAGUUGGACAAUUUGAUGAUCCAAGCAAUACAAGUACUAAGGUUCCACCUCCUGGAGUUAGAGAAGGUUCACGAAUUGUGCGAUAACUUCUGCCAUCGGUACAUUAGUUGUUUGAAAGGAAAAAUGCCAAUAGACCUCGUUAUCGAUGAAAGGGAUGGCAGCUCCAAGUCAGACCACGAGGAACUCUCAGGAUCUUCCACAAAUUUAGCCGACCAUAAUCCUUCAUCUUGGAGAGACCACGAUGAUGCAACCUCAACGCACUCAGCAGGCACACCGGGGCCCUCCAGUGGGGGCCAUGCUUCCCAGAGUGGAGACAACAGCAGCGAGCAAGGUAAAAGGUCAAACUUUUUCCCUGUGCAAAGUAGGCAUGACUAAAAUAACUUCAGCUUU